CCAACAGUGUGUACCACUCAAUCAAAAUGCCAACAGAAUGACCAUAACCACUCCCUCAUUUAUCUCCUCCACAUUCACUCCCCACCACAUCUUGAAUCACCAUCACCGCCGUUACCACCUCCGAUCACCACCCAAAAUAACCUCCCAAAUAUCCCUAACUACCCCACCAACGCAAACAUCAUCCCAACCAAACCCGACUAAAACCGGAGUCAUCGUAAUUGGCGCAGGUCUAUCCGGCUUAGCUGCAGCCACCCAUCUCCAUUCCAAUAACACCCCUUUUCUCCUUAUCGAAUCCUCUGACGCCGUAGGUGGCCGUGUCCGCACCGACAUCCUCGACGGCUUCCUCCUCGACCGUGGCUUCCAAAUAUUCAUCACCGGAUACCCAGAAGCCAAAAAGAUCCUAAAUUACGAAACUUUAGACCUCCAAAAAUUUUACUCAGGUGCUAAAGUUUAUUACAAUGGAACCUUCCAUACUGUAGCAGACCCUUUACGCCACCUGGCUGAUGCUCUUCAAUCUUUAACAAACCCCAUUGGAACUAUUGUUGAUAAAUCUUUAAUUGCUGUUACUAGACUGAGGGUUUUGACUCAAUCUGAUGAACAAAUAUUUUCUGGUGAUGAGACUUCUACUCUUAGUUUGCUUAAACAAAUUGGGUUUUCAGAUUCAAUUGUGGAUAGGUUUUUUCGUCCGUUUUUCGGUGGGAUUUUCUUCGAUAGAGAACUUGAAACGACAUCCAGGCUUUUCAAUUUCAUCUUCAAGUGCUUAGCUUUAGGGGAUAAUACCCUGCCCGCGAAAGGAAUUUCUGCAAUACCUGAACAGUUGGCAGCCAAACUGCCUAAGAAUUCGGUUAUUUUAAAUACAAGGGUUGCAUCUAUUGAGAAAUCGGGUUCAAAUUAUGAUAUAAGAUUGAGCAAUGGUGAGGUUUUGAGAGCCGAAUAUGGAGUGAUAAUUGCGGUUGAGGAGCCAGAAGCUGUUAAGCUUUUGGCAGGAGAAUUAAACGAUUUUAAACAGCCGGCCCGACCAGCUCGGAGCACGGUUUGUUUGUAUUUCUCUGCACAGAGAAGUGAAGUUCCAGUGACUGACCCGGUUUUGUUUAUAAACGGGUCAGGUCGUGGUAUUGUGAAUAAUAUGUUUUUUGCCACGAAUGUAGCUCCUUCGUAUGGCCCGCCUGGGAAAGUAUUGGUGUCAGUUUCCCUUAUUGGGUUGUACGAGGACGAGUCUGAUGAGGAAUUACGGGUUAAAGUGAUUGAGGAGCUUAGUAGUUGGUUUGGCCCGGAAGUGGCUAGGUCGUGGAAGUACCUUAGGACUUAUCGGGUUAAGUUUGCACAACCAAACCAAUGCCCGCCUACGGAUUUAAUGAAGAACCCAAAAGUUGGUGUCGGGUUGUAUGUGUGUGGAGAUCAUCGAACUAGUGCAACGUUUGAUGGGGCUUUGGUUUCGGGUAGGAAGGCUGCCGAGGCUUUACUAAAAGACCGAGCUUUGGUUAAGGCUUCAUAAACAUACAUAUGUAAAUCUUGAGUUUGAUCACUGAUGUAUUUUCAACACAAAAAGUUCUCAGUCUAAAAUGUUACGAGUAUUAAUCUUUUGUGAAUAAUUAUAGUCUUUAAACAAACACAUAAAUUUGGUUCA